AGUCUCUGCAGAGCUUUCUGUAAUGAGACUGUACCUUUAUGAAGAUAUAUUUAAGAAGAUACAUUUCUCUCACGCAGAUUAGCUAUCUUAGGGCUGUCAAAUGAGGGUUGGGGGAAAGAGGAGAGGAAGGAGAGAAUAGAACACUUUGACCUCUAUGGUGAGUGCUUUAGCCCUUACAGAGCACUUUGAAACAAAAUUAUCUGAAGUUGUAAAGCAGAACGCUUGGUGGCGCUGCAGGCUAAGAAACGAAAACCUGCAGCCUGCAUGACUGUAAAAGCAGAGCCAUUUGCCGCUGAGAAGGAAAGCUUUUUAACAUUUCUGCCGAUAGAUCCUUUCAGAGAGACAGAUACACCGCGUCCAGCAAUGUCACAAAGAAAAGAAGCUCAAAAUUAUUGAGCCAAGAUUCCUGAGUUGCUCACAGAGCAAUUCUUGUGUGAUUAACUGCUGCUUCUUUUGGACCUGAGGAACGAUGGAGACACCACUUUACAAGGCACUACAGGAAAGGCAAGUGACCGCCAUUGUCUUUCUUUUACUAUUGUGGGAGGCAGGCAGUGCGACCGUUAAGUAUUCGAUUCUAGAGGAAACAGACAGGGGCUCUUUGGUGGGCAACCUGGCAAAAGAUUUGGGGUUGGGCUUAAGGGAUCUGGUCAUCAGGGGCGCCCAGAUUCUUAACAAAGGGAACAAACAACUCUUGCAGCUGGAACAGAAGAGUGGGAAUUUGGUUCUGAAAGAGAAAUUGGAUCGGGAGGAGUUAUGUGGAAGCACGGACCCGUGCAUCCUAUAUUUCCAAGUGUUACUAAAGAGCCCAGUGCAAUUUAUUCAAGGGGAAAUACAGCUCCAAGAUGUAAACGACCACGCUCCAGAAUUCAUGGAAGAUGAAAUUCUCCUUAAAAUCCUGGAAAGUAGUCAUCCAGGGACCAAGUUUCCACUGAAAAUAGCUCAAGAUUUGGACGUAGGUAGCAACACAGUUCAGAACUAUACAAUCAGUAUCAACUCCCAUUUUCACCUUCUCACCCGCAAUCACAGCGAUGGCAGGAAAUACCCUGAGCUGGUGUUAGACAAAGCACUGGACCGGGAGGAACAGGCAGAGGUUAGAUUAACACUCACGGCUCUGGACGGCGGGACACCUCCCAAGAUUGGGACUACCCAGGUUCUCAUCAUGGUCCUGGACAUUAAUGACAAUGCCCCGGAAUUUGCCCAGGGGCUCUAUGAGGUGCAGGUUCAGGAGAGCAGCCCCGUAGGCUCACUUGUUAUCACCGUGUCCGCGAGAGAUUUAGACGCUGGGGUCCACGGAGAGCUGUCCUAUUCGCUUUUUCAAUCCUCAAAUCAGGUGCUUCGGGCUUUUGAAAUAAAUACAGACACCGGAGAAAUUAGAAUAAAAAGACUAUUGGACUUUGAGGAAAUUCAGUCUUACCGCAUGGAAAUCGAGGCCUCUGAUGGGGGUCUUUCAGGAAAAUGCACGGUACUAAUAGACGUGACGGAUGUAAAUGACAAUGCCCCUGAACUCACCAUGUCAUUACUUAUCAGUGAUAUUCCAGAAAAUUCUCCUGAAAGUGUAGUCGCCAUCUUUGGAAUUUCAGAUCCAGACUCUGGAGAGAAUGGGAAAAUGAUUUGCUCCAUCCAAGGCCAACUUCCUUUCCUCUUGAAACCUAAUGGAGAUAAUUUCUAUACUUUGGUAACCGAAGGCGCACUGGACAGAGAGAGCAGAUCUGAGUACAACGUCACCAUCACAGUCACCGACAUGGGCACACCCAGGCUCACAACCCAGCACACCAUAACAGUGCAGGUCUCCGAUGUCAACGACAACGCCCCCGCCUUCAAUCAAAGCUCCUACACCCUGUUUGUCCAAGAGAACAACAGCCCCGCCCUGCACAUAGGCACCAUCAGCGCCACAGACUCAGACUCAGGCUCCAAUGCCCACAUCACCUACUCACUAAUAACCACCCACGACCCGCAGCUGGACCUCUCCUCGCUCAUCUCCAUCAAUGCCGACAAUGGACAGCUGUUUGCGCUCAGGUCCCUGGACUACGAGGUCCUGCAGGCCUUCGAGUUCCACGUAGGCGCCACAGACCAAGGCUCGCCUGCUCUCAGCAGCCAGGCGCUGGUCCACGUGCAGGUGCUGGACGCCAACGACAAUGCGCCCUUCGUGCUCUACCCUCUGCAGAACGCCUCUGCGCCCUUCACAGAACUGGUGCCCAGGGCUGCGGAGCCAGGAUACUUGGUCACCAAGGUGGUGGCUGUGGACCGCGACUCUGGUCAGAACGCCUGGCUGUCGUUCCAACUGCUGAAGGCCACGGAGCCAGGGCUGUUCAGCGUGUGGGCUCACAAUGGCGAGGUGCGCACCUCCAGGCUGUUGAGCGAGCGCGAGGCGCCCAAGCACAGGCUGUUACUGCUGGUCAAGGACAAUGGUGACCCUCCACGCUCUUCCAGCGUCACUCUGCAUGUGCUGCUGGUGGAUGGCUUCUCUCAGCCCUACCUGCCUCUACCGGAGGUGGCGCGCGACCCCACACGGGACGAAGACCUGCUUACUUUGUACCUGGUCAUUGCCUUGGCAUCCGUGUCUUCGCUCUUUCUCUUGUCUGUGCUGCUGUUCGUGGGGGUGAGGCUGUGCAGAAGGGCCAGGGCAGCCUCUCUGGGUGGCUGCUCUGCGCCUGAGGGACACUUUCCUGGACACCUGGUUGAUGUCAGUGGCACGGGGACCCUGUCCCAGAGCCUCCAGUAUGAGGUGUGUCUGACGGGAGGUACGGGGACAAAUGAGUUCAAAUUUCUUAAACCAGUACUUCCCAACUUCUUGGAUGAAGCGGCUUAUCGGAACGAUGAGGAACAUUUCAACUUUAGGGAUCAUUUGGGGUUUAACUAGAAACCAUGCUUUGAUCUUGUGGGAUGAAUUACUGUCUUCACUGAUGCAUGUCUAAUUUCCCAACCCUUCAUUCAUUGUAAGGAGCGAAUUAGCACGUUACUAAUAGUCACAUUUAUAGCUGUUUCUAAUUGUUGAUGAUUCCUUGCAUUUUUGUUAACCAGCUUACGCUCAAGUGCACGAAAGAGCUGCAAAAUGUCCUUGCUUGGUGGUAUUAUUUUCACCACACAUUUUACAAUGUCACAGAUGUUCUCAGGUCCCUGGUAUUUAAGCCUAUCCGUUGAUUUCUUGUAAUCAAAGGACCCGUGUUUAAAAGUUAUGUUUAUCAUUAGCAUGAAUUUAACGCUAUUGCAAAUGAUGGCUUUCAGCUUUAAAUAUAAUUUUCAAUUAUGUGAACCUUUUCAUGAUCUUCUAGAUCUUAUGAAUCUACUGCAAGUUGUCUCAAGAGCUCUAUUUUCUUUCUUCAACUGAACCAUUGAUUAAUCAAGACUUUGUUUCUAAAUUGAGUGUUUUCUUUCAAAAUUGAUAAAAUUUCAUUAAAUCAUCUUUUGGCAUUCUGAA